CUCUCCUUCCCCGAGCCUGUCUGCCUGCAGCAGCUCGGUCUGCCGUCAUCACGAUCAGCUCGAGUUAAAGCAGCACGGGCAGAGCAGACGCCUGUCCGGAUGGAGGGCGAGCUGUUCACUUGAUUUGUCUCAGUACCCGUGGGUCGCGGCGUGAACGACAUCUGGGAAUGUUGUUAUCUGCAUUUUUUUCUGAGGCUAAAAGGUUGAGCGUUAAUUCCGGCGGUGUGAUUAGGAUGAGCAUCGCCCCGCGCGCACAGUCAGCGUGAUUUGCUAUGGUGAUACUACAAGCUAAGCCCAAGCUAGCAGCAGAGACAGGGUUGUUUUGGGAGAUACAUUUUUGAACAACCCCCCUCCCCUACAACGCUGACACAUGAAUUAGACCGUUUUUGUGAUUUUUUUUUUUUUUUUUUUUUUUUUUUUGCAUCAAGCUGGAACACAAAGGGGAAUGUCUAGCCAAGGAGUUAGGAGGAAUGGCCCGGUGAAGCUGCGGUUGACAGUCCUGUGUGCAAAGAACCUGGCAAAGAAAGACUUCUUCCAUUUGGCUGGGCUGCCAGAUCCUUUUGCCAAAGUGGUGGUGGACGGCUCAGGACAAUGCCACUCAACAGAUACUGUGAGGAAUACGCUGGACCCAAAGUGGAACCAACAUUAUGAUCUGUACAUUGGAAAGGCAGACUCAAUCACCAUCAGUGUAUGGAACCACAAGAAGAUCCACAAAAAGCAGGGCGCCGGUUUCCUGGGCUGUGUCCGUCUCCUGUCCAACGCCAUCAACAGACUCAAAGACACUGGCUAUCAGAGACUGGAUCUGAAUAAGCUGGGCCCCAAUGACAAUGAUACUGUGAGAGGACAAAUAGUUGUAAGUCUUCAGUCCAGAGAUCGCAUUGGAACAGGAGGACCGGUGGUGGACUGCAGUCGCCUGUUCGACAAUGACUUACCUGAUGGCUGGGAAGAGAGGAGGACGGCUUCAGGAAGGAUACAGUACCUGAAUCAUAUUACACGCACCACGCAAUGGGAGAGACCUACAAGGCCAGCAUCAGAGUACUCCAGCCCAUCUGGGCGUCCAUUGAGCUGCGUGGUGGACGAGAACACGCCAGUGAUGACACCUGUUAAUGGGGCCGAGGCCAGCGGCCCGCCAGGUGAACAGCGGAUCCAGGAGAGGCGCGUUCGAUCGCAGCGGCAUCGUAACUACAUGAGUCGAACGCACCUGCAUACACCACCUGACCUGCCCGAGGGUUAUGAGCAAAGAACAACUCAGCAGGGUCAGGUCUACUUUCUCCACACACAGACUGGAGUGAGCACCUGGCAUGACCCUCGGGUGCCCAGGGACUUAAGCAAUGUGAACUGUGAGGAGCUGGGCCCACUGCCACCAGGCUGGGAGAUCAGAAACACAGCCACCGGUCGUGUCUACUUUGUCGACCAUAACAAUCGAACAACACAGUUCACAGACCCGCGACUGUCUGCUAACCUGCAUCUAGUACUCAAUCCAAGUCCAAAUGGUUCCCGUGUGGCCAUGGACAGCCAAAACACUAACCUCAGUCAUCCACCUCAGUUGAAAGACCAGGGUGGUCCCGGGGCCCCUCAGCAACCUCUGUCACCAGCCCAGUUGCCUGAAGAGGCAGAGUGCCUGACUGUGCCCAAAUACAAGAGAGACCUGGUGCAGAAGCUGAAGAUUCUGCGGCAGGAACUUUCUCAGCAACAACCCCAGGCCGGCCACUGCCGCAUCGAGGUCUGCCGUGAGGAGAUAUUUGAGGAGUCAUACCGACAAGUGAUGAAGAUGCGUCCAAAAGAUCUCUGGAAAAGACUGAUGAUCAAAUUCAGAGGAGAAGAGGGGCUGGACUAUGGCGGUGUAGCAAGGGAGUGGUUAUACCUGUUGUCCCAUGAGAUGCUGAACCCUUAUUACGGCCUGUUCCAGUACUCCAGAGAUGACAUCUACACUCUACAGAUUAACCCUGACUCUGCUGUCAACCCGGAGCACCUGUCGUACUUCCACUUCGUGGGACGUAUCAUGGGCAUGGCGGUGUUCCACGGCCACUACAUUGACGGAGGCUUCACUCUGCCCUUCUACAAACAGCUGCUGGGCAAACCGAUCACGCUAGACGACAUGGAGUCUGUCGACCCUGACCUCCACAACAGCCUUGUCUGGAUCCUGGACAAUGACAUCACUGGCGUCCUGGACCACACUUUCUGUGUAGAGCACAAUGCCUACGGAGAAAUCAUCCAGCAUGAGCUCAAACCCAACGGCAAGAGUAUGCCCGUCUCAGAGGACACCAAGAAGGAGUAUGUCAGGUUGUAUGUGAACUGGCGUUUCCUGCAUGGCAUCGAGGCUCAAUUUCUGGCCUUGCAGAAAGGCUUCAAUGAGGUUAUUCCUCAGCACUUGCUUAAGUCCUUCGAUGAGAAAGAACUGGAGCUCAUAGUGUGUGGCCUGGGAAAGAUUGACAUCUCUGACUGGAAGUCCAACACCCGUCUGAAGCACUGCACCCCUGACAGCAACAUCGUCAAAUGGUUUUGGAAAGCCGUGGAGUCGUUUGACGAGGAGAGGAGGGCCCGGUUACUGCAGUUUGUUACCGGCUCAUCCAGAGUCCCACUGCAAGGCUUCAAGGCUUUACAGGGUGCUGCAGGGCCCAGACUCUUCACCAUCCAUCAGAUCGAUGCUAACACCAACAACCUGCCCAAAGCCCAUACCUGCUUCAACCGGAUUGACAUUCCGCCCUACGAGAGCUAUGACAAGCUGUACGACAAGCUGCUGACUGCGAUUGAGGAGACCUGUGGCUUCGCAGUGGAAUGAGAGACAGAUUGGAGAGUGUGUUUGUGUGUGAACAUGUGUAAAUGUGUGCAGGACUCUUGAUAGACUAUUACUGUCACUGCGACGUGCUGACAGGCUCACUCAGAGUCUGAUACGUCCGCCUUUGACCAGCCUGCAGUCUUCCUCUUCUCUAACGGCUUUCCACAUUCUUCCCUUAUCGAUAUCUGUUUGAACAGCUGCUAGAGUCAUCCCCUGUCAUGUAUUUUUUUAUUUUUUAUUAUUCAUUUAUUUGUUUGGGUGUUUUUUUUUUUUGGGCGGGGGGUGGGGGGUGGGGGUUGGUGUAGUUUGUGUGAAAUACAGAGAGCAAAUUGAGAGCUGCAGAAGUUUAUCAACUUAAAGUUUAACGUCUUACAAAGGUGUUUCUUUUAAAAACUCUCCCUAGACAUUUGAGAACAGCAAUUUAAACUGAUUGAAUUAAUCCUUGUCAUGCUACUGAAUCUUUAUCACUGCAGGUAGCCAUAUCUUGCCCUUAGUAGCCAUCUUAACCUCAACCAAUACACCUUCCAAUCCUCAUGGCUGCAGAGUUGAGUGUGCUUCAACUUGUAGGAGCGCCACAAAUUCAUCCUACCUCAGUGUGUAAUGCUUCGAUGGUUUCAUUCCAAAAUGCCACAUCUUGUCUGUUGUCUUGCAAUUCAAUUUAAUUCAAAUUAAGACAGAAACAUCUUUAGUUUUUCCAGCAAUGCUCCACUGUUAGUUUGUCAUACCAGCAGUCAUUUUGUAACCGUAAAACCGUGCAAUUUAAAUUGUGAAUAUAUCAUUUUGAAAUGGAACUCGUACAGACUGACGUGGAUGUGGGUCUGAUGUUUUGUGGCGUUUUUUUGGAGUCGUGCUUGUGGUGAGUUGUUUUAAGAUUAGGGACGGACUCUGGUUAAGAAGAAUCGUAUGUUUUCCCUCAAUCGCUGCAGUGAGGCCACAGCUCUUGUAAACAUGCGUGUCUGUAUGUUUCUGCAUGUGUAUACAUAAUGUACGCUUGUAUGUGUGGAAGACUUUUUUUUUUUUUUUUUAAAUAGAUGAAUUCCCCCAUCACCUGUACUAGCACAGUAUCCUGUAUUUGAAGCUGCAGAGCUGAUUGAACCUCACUUUUUGAGCCUGGUUCGUCUUCCUUUUCUCUCAUUUACACAUUUGCCUCCAGCAGUUACAAAGUAUGCAUGUUUUUUUUUUUUUUUUCUUUAUUUUAUCAAAUCCAGCAUAACCCAACACACUUCCUGUCAGAUUAUAUGUGAAAAGGGCACAACUGUCCGUGGGACCAGGCUUGAUUUUUAAAAAGUUAUUCAAAAAAGGCAGGCGUCUAUUUUCAGUCACAUCAUCAGUUUAAAAUGACAGAAGUAUUUCUUUCUCUCUGUCUUGUCACUUUAGAGCACUUUACAAACUGAGCAGUGAUGGCAGGAGUGCUUCUUUCACAUUAGAUUAAAAUAUAUCACGUUUAAUUUGCUAUACGACUACAUUAGAAAUAUACAGAGUAAAAAGUAUCUAUAUACCUGUAAUUUUUGAGUAUAUAUGUACAAAUACAUAGCUAUUUUGUAUAUUGUUGCUUGUUCUUUAUGUUCAGUUUAAAUGCAAGCAUGUUGGUGUCUGUCACAGACCUCUUUGCAUUCUCAGGUGAAGUUGUCCUUUGUUUUUUUUUUUGUUUUACAUUUAUUUAGGCUAGUAUGUGAGGAGGGACAAAACUGGUUUUAAUGGAUAUUAUAAUUUAGAGGCCCUGUCUUUAAACCCGUGAUAGUGUAAAAGUUGUCAGUUUAAAGUGAUCUUUUCUUUUGGUCUAUCACUUUCACGUAUUAACACACACAUACCUUCAUAGGAGAACAUGAAUGGCCAGAUUUGCUGCUCUGGAGGUCUGUGUCGCCACUAAAUACCAAACAGCACAUACAACAAUACUAAUUCAUAUGCACGGGGCGGGAAAACGGACUGAACAUGGUGGCCUCAAAUCAUCAGAGCUGCAAAUAUUGGAGGUUGACUGCUGCUGAACUCCUGGGUGCUACGCGGUGAAAAUGUUCAACCAAAAUGAAAAGUUACAAAAAAACGGAAGCAACAGUGAGGAGCACCUCCAUCACCACCGCCUCCAUCCAAAGAAAACCGUCUGCAUGAAUGGAUGCUCAAGAGAUAAACGGCUAUUUAUUUGCAUAAUUAUUACUCUUAGAAAACGUUUUGACUUGGAAAAAAUCAGUUAAAUGUUCUUUUUUAUGUAUACUGCCUGCAUUUAUUUGUAAUCAUGAACAGUUUGUUAGCUGGUACUCAGAAACCGUUUUUAUUUUGUGGUCCUCAGCAGACAAAACAGAAACAAAGUGACAUUUAAUUUGUCAUCUUUGUACGGUUACAGAGAAUUUAUUUGAUUUUUACCUUUUAAUAACCUGACUCAGAGACAGAGAAGAAAUGCAUUACAAGUUUUUUUUUUUUUUUUUUUUUCACGUUAUGCAUACUUGGGCUCCAAGUUAUAAUCCGACACUUCCUUCUAUUUACCAAAUAGUUAAUGGACUGAUUUUUUUUUUUGUGUAUAUGUAUAUGUAUAUAUGUAUGUAUAUACAUAAACACACACACACAGUUCUUGAUAAGCACACAUGUAUGUUUGUCUAGUGCACACAGUCCACUUCUGCUCUUUUUUUUUCGUUGGCACCAAGUUUUCUGGCUGGUUCAGUCUUCAGUGCAAAAGUUGUUGGGUUGAGUGCUUCCAGACGAGGGGAAAUCACACUUUUCCCCGCUUAAGCAGCCAAAUUGGUCAGAUGUCCCUGACAAUUUUGCAGGUCAUUGUUCUUUUUUUUUCAAGCUUUGAAUGCCUGUGGUAUAAAGAGAUAUUUGUCUACCUUUACUGAUCUGAUUAAUUGAAUAAAUUGAGAGCCAGUUCUGAUCACAAUUAUGUAUUUUAAUGAUGGUUUAUAAUUGGUUACAAAUCACAACAAGCUGUGUCAUGUUCAGUAAAAUCUCUCCUCACACUUUAAAGUACAAAUUUACAGCUUUAUGUGCAAAUUUGUGUGUAUGUGUAAAUGACUUUUGAUUGAAAUCAAUACAAAACAGAAAAAAACAACUUUUUUUUUUAAACUGCACCAUGUUUUAUUUCUUUUGAUUUCCUAUCUGUUUUUGUAUUUAUUAUUACAGUAUAUGUGUUCAUAGUUUUUCACAUCAGCUGCUCUGUGAGCUUGUAACGGACACCUGUACAUAAGGACAAUAAAGAAGAAAAGUAAUACACUUCUUGUACCCUUGCAGAAAGCUGAGCAAUAAAACUAUGCUGUUUGGACCUCACAGCAUUACGUUUUAUAGAA